CAUCGACUGACAUAAGUGACAUAUAAGGUAAAUGUCAAAAAUGACAUUUCAUGUAAAACAACAAAGGAUGAACGUUCCAUUCCCAAGAAAAUGUAUAUAACAAGAUAAAUAACGCGAAAUUUGAAGUGAUUUUAUUUACAAUUCAAAAUUAUUAUGUUGUACAUUGUACUAGCCCUGGUUUUAGCAGCUGUCAACUCUUGCAUUUCCGAUGACGACAUUUCGAUGAAUAGAUCCAAACCGACACCGACCCCUUAUCAAGAUUGGGACUACAUAGUAUACAGUCAACGCUGGCCUAUUACCAGUUGUUCCCAAUGGAAGGAGAAAAGCCCCAAAAACACCUGCAAUUUGCCUCAAGACAACUCCACCUGGGUCGUCCAUGGACUUUGGCCUACGAAAAUCGGRAAAAAGGGGCCAUUGUUUUGCAACUCGGCGCUGCAUUUCGACCCCGAGCAGUUGCAGCCAAUUAUGAAGGAAAUGCAAGAGUUUUGGCCCAAUGUUGAGGCUGAUACUAAGCCAAACUCGUUCUGGAAGCACGAGUGGGACAAACACGGCACUUGCGCCGCGACUUUACCGGUUUUAAACAGUGUGAUUAAUUAUUUCAAAAAAGGGUUAGAGUGGAAUCAGGAGUACAAAAUUUCAACCAUGCUCUCUAAAAGUAAGAUUGUCCCCAGUCCUAAAGGUUAUAACGUUACCGAGUUUUACCAAGUCGUAAAGAGCACCACUGGUAAGAAUCCUAUAAUUCAAUGCGUGGUUGACGAGAAUAAACAAUCCCUAAUUAGCGAAAUUCAAAUUUGUUUCAAUAAAUCGUUAGAUUUGAUAGAUUGUAACGUUACUGGCCCAUUGAACCCUAGCGACAUUUUGACUGAUUGUAGUAGAAAAAAAGAUGUGAUGUAUUUUGCAAUAGUUCCUAGUAAUGCCACUGUGGAACUUGAGUUUGAUGAGUUUUUUGGAGACCACGAACCUAGCGUAGACACCUGUAUAGAGAACUACUACUUAGAACGAGAAUUAUUGAAGGUUUACCGCAUAAUUAAAUUUUUAAUGUGGUUCACGUUGUAGGAAAAAUAAAUUGUAACAUUCCUUAAAAUAUCACAAAAUAGAGAAUUUUCUGUUCCAAUUAUUUUGAUGUGUCUACAGUUACAUAACUUCAAUCUUUCAAUGGCAGCACAUAAAUAAAUUACUUACGUGUGUAAAAAAUUCAAAACAAUUGCACAACCCCAUCUAGAAUCCUUACAAAUUUGAGUUUCGUCAUAUUGACGCCUAAAUAAGGUGUGGAAUUACAAGAAGUCUACUGUUACGUAAUAUUUAAUUGUCAAGUGUAGUUCUUGUAAAUUAUUUAUUUACUUUUUAAAGAAUCAUAAUAAAAUGAUUUGCUAAAGUCCGAUUUAUCUUUCUUCACCAAAUACGUAUUAAUGUAUUCAAUUUAAUUUUUGUAAAAUAGCCAAAUUUGUCUUAUUUAUCACUAUUUAACACGGAAAUAUGUGGGAUGUAUACAAAAUAAGGGAUUUAUGUUUAACUAGAUUUUAGAAAUAAUUAUGCCUUGAUUUCAGUACAUACUUUUAAAUAUUAUUUAUAUAAAAACCUUUUAUUAAGUUGUAGAAAUUGGUUUGUUUCAUUUAUAGUUGGAUUUAAAACUGAAAGAAAAUAAUUGUCAUAAUUAAAUUAAAUAAAAUGUGGUCGAAA